AUGAACGGCAAAGGUGGUUCUCCACCAUCACUAUCUACUAAUCGAAAGUCUAAUAAAGUAGUUUUACCUCAAAUUCAACGACAUCCAGCCUAUUUUGAAGAUCCAUACAAGAAUUCCAUAUUAUUUUCAUUCAAACUUAAAGAUAGACAAGAUGAAAUGCUCAAACGGAUCGUCCUUGAACAUGCAAAACAAGAAGAACAAGCAGCACUUGAACCCUAUGAUGUAAAAUAUCGAUCACGAGUGAAAUCUCCAGAAUAUCCAAAAACGUGUCUCAGUGAAGAUCGUGCUAUUCGGACCAAUUAUCAUUAUAUGAAAGAACGUGUUGCACAUCUACCGAUAACACCAGCCUCAGAUGAAUCAUUUAAACAUAUUAUUGAUCGUUUCAUUGACAAAAAGUUAAAAGAAGGUCCACAAAUGAAAAGUGUUAUACAACGUAUUGUUAAUGAAACGAAAGUUUUAUAUGAAAAUAGUAUGAAAAAAAGUCAAUUACAACAUGUUCUUGUCGCACCAAAUGUUAAAGGCCUCGAAAAUGAAAUCGCCGGUCCACCACUUCCAGAUCCUGUUGGUUGCGAUUUUUCAAGUCCAUGGGAGGAUAGUUUUCAAGCACAUCGUGAUGCAAUCAAAGAAAAACUAUAUAUUGUUCAUCCAACUCAUCGACAAGUACUUGAAUUAUGUAAUAAAACACUUUCACCAAGAAUUAUGGUCGAUUUUAAACGAAUCAGAUCAUUAGGUGCAUUAGAUUUUCCUCAUUUACGUUCAUUUGUUGUACGUGAUAUUGAACGUAAUGAAGAUUAUUUAAGUUCAAGUUGGUAUCCACUUAUUUGUCAAAUAUUUCAAACGGGUCAAAUUCAAGGAAUAACAUCAACACCAGAAAAAACAAAUUCUUUUUAUAAUUCUAUUAAUACACUUGUUUCGAAUCAAUUACGUGAACUUCUUGAACGAAGUAUUGAAAUGUGGUGUUCAUUAUUUGAUCCCGACGAUCAAGAUUAUCUUCCAAUAAUUAAAAUUGAUAUUAUUCUUAAUGAAGAUGAAUCAAUCAUGAGUAAAAUUGAUUUUCAACCAAGUAUAUCUGAAUUUAUUAAUGUACUUCGUUAUGUUGUUGAUAAAAUUGCACAUUCAAUAAAUGGACCUAAUCGUGUACGUGUAGCAACAAUACAAUCAUUUUUAAAUGGUGAUGAUAAUAUUCCACUUGAUACACAUUUAUCACAAACUGUUAUUGAUCGAGCUUAUCAACAAUUAGCUAAUAUGGCUGAAUAUUAUUUUGAAGAACCAAAACAAUUAUUAAAUACAUAUGAAGAUAAAUAUAAUUAUUUAAUUGAUGGACAAGCUCAAACUGAUGUAGAAAAAUUUAAUUCAGAAAAUCAUACAUUUGAUGAAUAUACUCUAGAAUUUAAUCGUUAUAAUGAUAUUGUUAAACAAAUAAUGCUUGAACCAACAACUGUAGAAUUUUCAUUAAUUCAAACAAAUAGUGAACAAGUUAAACAAGGUCUUGUUGAAGCUGCUCGUAAACAUCGUAAUGCACUACUUGAAAAACUUGUUAAUGAUUAUCGUAAAGAAUGUCAAAGUAUUUGUACUGAAUAUGAAGCAAUCAAACAACGAGCUCUUACUAAACCAGCAACAACUGCUGAACUUAAUGAUAUUAUUAAAUAUAUUGAUAAUGCUAAAGGAGAAAAAUCAUUACAUUUAACACAACGAAUAAAAGAAGUUCAAAGACAAAUGGAAUAUCUUCUAGAAGAAUAUCUCUUUUCAGAAGAAGAUAUUCGUUUAAAUGCUGACACUCUCUUAUGGCCAAGAAAUAUUGAUCCUAUAUUUGAUGCAAAUGACGAAAUUACUCAACAAGUUCGAGGCAAAAAUGAACAAGUUCUUACAGAAAGACGUGAACGUUUAUUAGCUGAUUUACAAAAAAUGCAGCGUCGUGUUGAUGAAUUUGCUGAUUACGGUGAAUUGAAUAUGAUGGCUGAAUAUGCACAAGAUGUUAAACAAAUUCAAAAGAAAAUUGUUGAAGUUGAAAAUGAGAUUGAAUGGAUAAAUCAAGAAGAAGCUCAAUUUCGAAUGGCUAAAACAGAUUAUCCACAAUUAGAUGCAAUAAAAACAGCUGUUGAUCCAUAUUAUCGUCUAUUUACAACAGUUCGUAAAUGGCAAAUUGCUGAAAAGAAAUGGAUGGAUGGUUCAUUUCUUGAUUUAAAUUCAGAAAAAGUUGAAGCUGAAGUUGAAGAAUAUUUACGUGAAAUAUUUAAAAUUAAAAAACAAUUUACAAAUUUAGUAAAAAAGAAAAAACUUGAAUUAGCAAAUAAAGUUAUGGAAAAACGUAAAGCACGAGGAAAAAAACGUAUGGAAGAAGAAGCUGGUGGCGAAGCUUCUGGACAUGAAUCAGAAGCUGUUGAAAAAGAUGAAGAUGAACGAGAAUUGGAAAAACUUGAAAAAAGUGAUCCCGAAAUGUUACGUAUUUGUACGGUUAUACUUGAUCAACUUGAUAAAUUUAAGGAACAUUUACCAGUUAUAAGUAUAUUAUGUAAUCCGGGUAUUCGUGAUCGUCAUUGGGAAAAAAUGUCAACUAUAUUUAAACGUAAUCUUAAACCAGAUACAGGUACAACACUUCGAAAAGUUUUACAGCUUGGUUUGGAACCAUUUAUGGAUCAAUUUGAAGUAGUUAGCGCUGGAGCAUCUAAAGAAUUUUCAUUAGAAAAAGCUUUAAGAAAAAUGCAAGAUGAUUGGGAACCUGUUAUGUUUAAUACAAGUAAAUAUAAGGAAACAGGUUUAACAAUAUUAUCAUCUGUUGAUGAUAUUCAAACAAUUCUUGACGAUCAUAUUGUUAAAACACAAACAAUGAAAGGAAGUCCAUUUAUUAAACCAUUUGAGGAAGAAAUUAAAGCUUGGGAAGCCAGACUUUUAUUAAUUCAAGCUAUUAUUGAUGUUUGGCUUAAAGUUCAAGCAAAUUGGCUAUAUUUGGAUCCAAUUUUUUCAUCUGAAGAUAUCAAUCAACAAAUGCCAGAAGAAGGUCGGCUCUUUUCAACAGUCGAUCGAAAUUAUAAAGAUAUAAUGCGUCAUCUCGAUAAAGAUCAACAUGUCAUGGCAGCAACUGGUCUAUCUGGUUUAUUAGAUAAAUUACAUGAUAGUCAUAAUUUACUUGAAAAAAUCAAUAAAGGUUUAAAUGCAUAUCUCGAAAAGAAACGUUUAUUUUUUCCACGUUUCUUCUUCUUAUCAAAUGAUGAAAUGCUUGAAAUACUUUCUGAAACAAAAGAUCCAACACGUGUACAACCACAUUUGAAAAAACUUUUUGAAGGAAUAGCUAAACUUGAUUUUGAUGCUAAAGUUGAUAUACAUGCAAUGAUGUCAAGUGAAGGAGAAAAAAUUAAAUUUAUACGUUCAAUAAGUACAUCAGAAACGAAAGGUGCUGUAGAAAAAUGGCUUAUACAAGUUGAAGAUGUUAUGCUUAAAUCAGUUCGACAUGUUAUUGAACAAGCUUAUGUUGCUUAUCCAAAUGAAUAUCGUAGUGAAUGGGUUACAAAUUGGCCUGGACAAGUUGUUUUAUGUGUUUCACAAAUCUAUUGGACAAGUGAAGUACAAGAAGCAUUAGCAACUGGUGUUAAAGGACUUUCAGAAUAUUUUUCAAAACUUGAAAUACAAUUAGGUGAUAUUGUUGAACUUGUACGUGGAAAAUUAAAUAAACAAACACGUAUAACCCUUGAAGCAUUAGUCGUUAUUGAUGUACAUGCAAAAGAUACCGUUAAAGAUUUAGUUAAUAAACAAGUACAAUCAGAAAAUGAUUUCAAUUGGUUAGCACAAUUACGAUAUUAUUGGGAAGAAUCUGAUUGUCGUGUUCGAAUAACGAAUGCAGUAGUUAAAUAUUGCUAUGAAUAUUUAGGAAAUACACCACGUCUUGUUAUUACACCUUUAACAGAUCGUUGUUAUCGUACACUUGUUGGAGCUUUUCAUUUAAAUUUAAAUGGCGCUCCCGAAGGACCAGCUGGGACAGGAAAAACUGAAACAACAAAAGAUCUUGCUAAAGCUCUUGCAGUUCAAUGUGUUGUUUUUAAUUGUUCGGAUACAAUGGAUUAUAAAGGUAUGGGUAAAUUUUUUAAAGGUUUGGCAUCAUCAGGUGCAUGGGCAUGUUUUGAUGAAUUCAAUCGUAUUGAUCUUGAAGUAUUAUCUGUUAUUGCUCAACAAAUUCUACAAAUUAUUCAAGCUAUUCAAGCUAAAGUUGAUAAAUUUGAAUUUGAAGGAACUGAACUUCGACUUAAUGCAAAUUGUUAUGUUUGCAUUACUAUGAAUCCAGGUUAUGCUGGUCGAUCGGAAUUACCUGAUAAUUUAAAAGUAUUAUUUCGUCCUGUUGCUAUGAUGGUUCCUGAUUAUGGUCUUAUUUCGGAAAUAUCAUUAUAUUCAUAUGGUUUUAUGAAAGCUCGACCACUUUCAGUUAAAAUUGUUACUGUUUAUAAAUUAUGUUCAGAACAACUUUCAUCACAAUAUCAUUAUGAUUAUGGUAUGCGUGCUGUCAAAUCUGUUCUAUGGGCAGCUGGUGCUUUAAAACAAAAAUAUCCAACUGAAGAUGAAGAUAUUUUAAUUCUUCGAAGUAUAAUCGAUGUUAAUUUACCGAAAUUUUUAGCACAUGAUAUACCUUUAUUUAAUGGUAUUAUUAGUGAUUUAUUUCCUGGUAUAACUUUACCUAAACCAGAUUAUGAUCUUAUAAAUGCAAAUAUGAUUGAAAUAUGUCAACGUAAAAAUUUACAAGCAACAGAAGCAUUUAUGACUAAAGUAACUCAAACAUAUGAAAUGAUGUUAGUUCGACAUGGUUUUAUGCUUGUUGGAGAACCAUUUGCCGGUAAAAGUAUGGUUUUACAAGUCUUGGCUGAAACAUUAACAUUGAUGCAUACAAAGGGCUUAGCUGAUGAGCUUCAAGUUCAAUAUAAAGUUAUUAAUCCAAAAGCUGUUACAAUUGGACAAUUAUAUGGAAACUUCGAUUUGGUAUCACAUGAAUGGAACGAUGGUGUGUUAGCUAAUACAUUUCGUGAUUUUGCUAUGACAGAAAAUCCUGAUAGAAAAUGGGUUAUUUUUGAUGGACCUGUUGAUGCUGUUUGGAUUGAAAAUAUGAAUACAGUAUUAGAUGAUAAUAAAAAAUUAUGUUUAACAAGUGGUGAAAUUAUUCAAAUGUCAAAUGUUAUGUCAAUGAUUUUUGAAGUUAUGGAUUUAUCACAAGCAUCCCCAGCUACAGUUUCUCGUUGUGGUAUGAUUUAUUUAGAACCACGUGUACUUGGUUGGAAACCAUUAGUUGAAUCAUGGCUUCAUGGUGAAAUAGCCGAACCAUUAAAAAUGUAUAAAAAUGAACUUUUAGCACUAUUUGAUUUUCUUGUUCCACAAUGUCUUGAUCAUGUUCGACAUGUAACAAAAGAACUUAAUCCAACUGGUGAUUCAAAUUUAGUUCGUGGUAUGAUGAAUUGGAUAAAUAUGUGUAUGGGUGAAGCAUUAAAAGAUGAAGAAGAACCAGAAAAAAAUAAAAAUGUACGUUCAUGGAUUAUUUAUACAGCUCAAUGGGCUUGUAUAUGGUCAAUUGGUGCAACAGGUGAUACAGAUAGUCGAACAAAAUUUGAUGUAUUUUUUCGUGAUUUAUUACGUGGAAAAUUUGAACCUAUACCAGAUAUAUUUCAAGGUAAAUUUGAUGUUCAAAUACCAGAAAAAGGUCUUGUACAUGAUUAUUAUUUUCUUUACAAAAAUCGUGGUGAUUGGUUUCCAUGGGAAAAUUUAAUGAGAGCAGCUGAAGGAACUGGUGCUCCAACUGUAUCAAUGAAAAAUAUUCGUCGUUAUAUUGUACCAACUGUUGAUACAACAAGAGUUAAUUAUAUGCUUGAUCUUGUUAUACCAAGUAAAUCACCUAUUUUAUUUGUUGGACCAACUGGUACUGGAAAAAGUGCUUAUGUACAAAAUUAUUUGAUGAAUAAAAUCGAUAAAGAACAAUAUAUGGCAUUCUUUAUUAAUUUCAGUGCACAAACUUCAAAUAAUCAAGUUCAGGAUAUCAUUAUGUCACGUCUAGAUCGUCGUCGUAAGGGUACAUUUGGUCCACCGAUGAUGAAAAAAGCAGUAUUCUUUGUUGAUGAUAUGAAUAUGCCACAAAAAGAUAAAUAUGGUGCACAAGGUCCUAUUGAAUUACUUCGUCAAUAUAUGGAUCAUAAACAUUGGUAUGAUCGUAAAGAUACGACAAAAAUAAUUCUUGAAGAUAUUCAAUUUGUUUCUGCAAUGGGACCACCAGGUGGUGGUAGAAAUGUUGUUACACCAAGAUUUAUUCGACAUUUUAUGACUAUUGCAAUAAAUCCAUUUAGUGAUGAAACUUUAACAAAAAUAUUUUCAACACUUUUUUCAGUUUAUAUUAAAGGACAAGAAUUUACUUCAGACUAUUUAACAAUUGGUAAUCAAAUAGUUCAAUCAACAUUACAAGUUUAUAAUGCAGCUGCAGUUUCUCUUUUACCAACUCCAGCUAAAUCUCAUUAUAUUUUUAAUUUACGUGAUUUUUCACGUGUUAUUCUUGGAUGUUGUCUAAUUCGUAAAUCAGAAGUUGAAUCAAAACGAACAUUUAUUCGAUUAUGGGUUCAUGAAACAAUGCGUGUUUUCUAUGAUCGUUUAAUAGAUGAUAAAGAUCGUACAUGGCUUAUUGAUGCGGUGAAAAUUUGUGUCAAAGACAUUUUUAAAGAAAGUUUCGAUGCUGUAUUUGAACAUUUAGCUAAUAGUGGAAAAGGUGGUGGAAAGGUAACCGAAGAAGAUAUACGUAGUUUAUUAUUUGGUGAUUUUCUUCGUCCUGAUCUUGAAGUUGAAGAACGUUUUUAUGAAGAAGUUAAAGUUAUAGAUACAAUGUAUUCAAUUGUUGAAAAAGCCGUUGAAGAAUAUAAUAGUACACAUAAAACAAAAAUGAAUUUAGUUGUAUUUCGUUAUGUACUUGAACAUUUAUCACGUAUUUGUCGUAUACUACGUUUACCUGGUGGUAAUGCAUUAUUAGUUGGUGUUGGUGGUAGUGGUCGACAAUCAUUAACAAGACUUGCUGCUGCUAUGGCAAAUUAUGAUGUUCAUCAACCUGAAAUAACAAAAAAUUAUGGUAUUGUUGAAUUUCGUGAAGAUUGUAAAAAAGUUAUGAAAAUGUCUGGUGCACAAAAUAAACCAACUGUUUUUCUUUUAACGGAUUCACAAAUAAAAGAUGAACGAUUUUUAGAAGAUGUUGAUUCAUUAUUAAAUACAGGUGAAGUACCAAAUUUAUUUGCUGCUGAUGAACGUGGUGAAAUUAUGGAAGCUGUUGCUGGACAAGCAGCUGCCUCUCAAACAGAUGGUGAUAAAGGUGCAGAUUUUGGUCCAUUAGCUUUAUUUCAAUUUUUUGUUAAUCGUGUUCGAGAUAAUCUUCAUAUUGUACUUGCUUUUUCACCUAUUGGUGAUGCAUUUCGAUCACGUUUACGACAAUUUCCAUCACUUAUCAACUGUUGUACACUAGAUUGGUUUCAAGCAUGGCCUGAAGAUGCUUUAGAACGUGUAGCUAAAAAAUAUUUAGAACAAGUCGAUAUUAAGGAAACCGAAAAAGACGCAUGCGUUGAUAUAGUUAAAUAUUUUCAUACAAGUACACAAAAAUUAUCGGAAAAAUUUUAUUCAAAAUUACAACGACAUAAUUAUGUAACACCAACAUCAUAUCUUCAAGCAAUAUCAGGUUUUAAAAUGUUAAUAACACAAAAACAAAAUGAAAUCAUGGCAGCUAAAAAACGUUAUGUUAAAGGUCUUGAACAAUUAGCUUUUGCUGAAACACAAGUUGGUAAAAUGCGUACGGAACUUGAAGCAUUACAACCACAAUUACAAGAAAGUGCAAAACAAACAGCAGCUAUGUUAGUUGAUAUCGAAAUUCAAUCACGUCAAGCUGGUGAAACACGUGAAGUUGUUGUUGCUGAAGAAGCUGUUGUUAAUGCAAAAGCUAUUGAUGCUAAUAAACUUAAAGAAGAAUGUGAACAUGAUCUUUCAGCAGCUAUGCCUGCACUUGAAGCAGCUAUAAAUGCGUUAGAUACUCUUAAACCAGCUGAUAUAACAGAAAUUCGUGCAAUGCAACAACCACCAAGUACAGUUCGAAAAGUUCUUGCUUCAGUUUGUGUAUUAACAAAUCGAGCACCUGAUAGAAAACUUGAUCCAAAUAAUCCAGGAAAGAAAAUUAUUGAUUUUUGGGGUCCAGCAAAAAAAGCUCUCGGUGAAAUGGAUUUUAUAAAUCAACUUAAAACAUUUGAUAAAGAUCAUAUUCCACCGGACAUUAUGAAAAAAUUACGUGAUGAAUAUUUAACUGAUGCUGAUCUUGAACCAAAACGUGUUAUGCAAGCAUCAGUUGCUGCACAUGGUUUAAUUUUAUUUGUUCGUGCUAUGGAUGUUUAUGAUCGUAUAGCAAAAGAAGUUGCACCUAAAAAAGUUAAACUUGCAGAAGUUGAUAAAGAAGUACGAGAACUUGAAGCAACAUUAGCAGAAAAACGUGCACAAUUAGCACAAGUCGAAAAUCGUUUACGUAAACUUCAACAAGAUCUUGAUUCAGCACAAAAACGUAAAGCACAAUUAGAAUUUGAAGUUGAUCUUUGUGCUAAAAAAUUAGUUCGAGCUCAAAAAUUAAUUGGUGGUCUAGGUGGUGAAAAAUCACGUUGGACAGUAGCAGCUGAAAAUUUACAAAAAAUUUAUGAUAAUUUACUUGGUGAUGUUUUAGUUUCAUCAGGUGUUAUCGGUUAUUUAGGUGCAUUUACAAGUGCAUUUCGUGAUGAAGCUACUCAUGCUUGGAUUGGAUUAUGUAAAAAAAAGAAAUUACCAUGUUCCGAUGCUGAAAAAUAUUCUCUAGCUGAUACACUUGGUGAACCAAUUAAAAUCCAAGCAUGGAAUAUACAUGGUUUACCAAAGGAUGCAUUUUCUGUUGAUAAUGCUGUCACAAUUCAAAAUUCAAAUCGUUGGCCAUUAAUGAUUGAUCCACAAAAUCAAGCUAAUCGUUGGAUAAAAAAUUCUUAUGGGCCACAAAAUUUAAAAGUUGUUAAAUUAACUGAUAAUGAUUUUAUGCGACAAUUAGAUAAUUGUAUACAAUUAGGUUUACCAUUAUUAAUUGAAAAUGUUGGUGAAGAUUUAGAUCCAUCACUUGAACCAAUAUUACUUAAACAAGUAUUUAAACAAGGUGGUGUAGAAAUGAUUCGUUUAGGUGAUAAAGUUAUUGAAUAUUCAAAAGAUUUUAAAUUAUUUAUCACAACAAAAUUACGAAAUCCACAUUAUUUACCAGAAAUAUCUACAAAAGUUACUUUAUUGAAUUUUAUGAUUACAUCUGAAGGUCUUCAAGAUCAAUUACUUGGUAUUGUUGUUGCUAAAGAACGUCCAGAAUUAGAAGAAGAACGACAAGCAUUAAUUAUAACACAAGCUGAAAAUCAACGUUUAUUAAAAGAAGCUGAAGAUAAAAUUUUAUUUACAUUAAGUUCAUCCGAAGGAAAUAUUUUAGAAGAUGAAGCUGCUAUUCAAACAUUAGAUUCAUCAAAAGUGAUUUCUGAUGAUAUUUCAAAAAAACAAAAAGUUGCAGAAGAAACAGCUAAAAAAAUUGAAGCAUCUAGACAAGAUUAUAAACCAAUUGCAGAAUAUUCAGCUAUUCUAUUUUUUUGUCUUAAUGAUUUACCAAAUAUUGAUCCUAUGUAUCAAUAUUCUUUACAAUGGUUUAUUAAUUUAUAUAUGAAUUCAAUCAAUGAUAGUUUAAAAUCAAAAAUUCUUGCACGUCGUUUAAAAAAUCUUCAAGAACAUUUUACAUAUAAUUUAUAUACAAAUGUUUGUCGAUCAUUAUUUGAAAAAGAUAAAUUACUUUUUUCAUUUAUAUUAUGUACUAGUAUAAUGCUUGCUCAAAAAGAAAUGGAUAAAGCUGAAUAUCUCUUCUUUCUAACAGGUGGUAUUGGUUUAGAAAAUAAACAUAAAAAUCCUGGUCAAGGUUGGCUUUCUGAUAAAUCUUGGGAUGAAUUAUGUCGUUUAUCGGACUUAUCUAAGUUUGUUGGACUUCGUGAAAGUUUUGAAUCAAAUAUUGAAGUAUUUAAAUCAAUCUAUGAUGCAAAAGAACCUAUGACAGUUGAAUUAUCUUCACCAUGGAAUGAAAAAUUAGAUCAAUUUCAAAAAAUGAUUGUUGUUCGUGUUAUACGUCCCGAUAAAGUUGUACAAAUGGUUAUUGAAUUUGUUAAAAAGAAUUUAGGACAAAAAUUUGUUGAACCACCACCAUUUGAUUUAGCAAAAAGUUUUGCUGAUUCUCAUGCAUUAGCACCAAUUGUUUUUAUUUUAUCACCUGGUGCCGAUCCAAUGGCUCAAUUAGUUAAAAUUGCUAAAGAUAAAGGAUUUUUUGAAAAAAAAUUUCAUUAUAUUUCACUUGGUCAAGGACAAGGUCCAUUUGCUUCAGCAAUGAUACAACGAGCACAAAGUGAUGGUGGUUGGGUAUGUUUACAAAAUUGUCAUUUAGCUGUUAGUUGGAUGCAAACAUUAGAAAAAAUUUGUGAAGAGUUUUCAUCAGAAAAUACAAAUUCAGAAUUUCGUCUAUGGUUAACAUCAUAUCCAUCGCCAAAGUUUCCAGUAACGAUUUUACAAAAUGGUGUUAAAUUAACUAAUGAACCACCAACCGGUCUUCGAAUGAAUAUGUUACAAUCAUAUUUAAAUGCACCAAUAUGUGAACCAGCAUUUUUUGAAAAAAUUGAUGAAGGAAAAGAUGUUGUAUGGGAAAGACUUUUAUUUGGUCUUUGCUUUUUUCAUGCACUUGCACAAGAAAGAAGAAAAUUUGGACCACAAGGAUUUAAUAUUCCAUAUGGAUUUAAUGAGUCAGAUUUGUUAAUUUCUGUUCGACAACUUCAAAUGUUUAUUAAUGAAUAUGCUGAAGUUCCAUAUGAUGCUAUUCGUUACAUGGCUGGUGAAUUAACUGAUGAUUGGGAUCGCCGAUGUUUAAGUACUAUUCUUAGUGAUUUUUAUAAUCCACAAGUAGCUGAAAUUCCUAAACAUAAAUUAUCUCCAAGUGGAGUUUAUUAUGUACCACCUAAAGGUACAUAUGAUGAAUAUGUUGAAUUUAUUAAAAAUUUACCAUUAACUCAACAUCCUGAAGUAUUUGGUAUGCAUGAAAAUGUUGAUAUAUCAAAAGAUUUACAAGCAACAAGACUUUUAUUUGAUUCAAUUCUUUUAACAAUGGGUUCAACAACAGUUGAAGGUGGAGAUACAGAUAAAAAAUUAAAUGAUAUUGCUAAUGAUAUACUUUCAAAAUUACCAAAUAAUUUUAAUUUGGAAGAAGCAAUGAAAACAUAUCCAACACAAUAUAAUGAAAGUAUGAAUACUGUUCUAGUACAAGAAAUGGAACGAUUUAAUAAAUUAAUGACUGUUAUUCGAACAAGUUUACAAAAUGUUAUUAAAGCAAUAAAAGGUUUAGUUGUUAUGAAUGUUGAAUUAGAAGCAUUAACAAAUAGUUUAAUGAUUGGUAAACAACCAGAAAUGUGGAUUAAACAAUCAUAUCCAUCAUUAAAAAGUUUAGGAUCAUAUUAUAAUGAUUUAUUAGAACGUAUUAAAUUUCUUCGAACAUGGUACGAUGUAGGAAAACCUCCAGUUUAUUGGAUUUCAGGUUUCUAUUUUACACAAGCAUUUUUAACUGGUGUUAAACAAAAUUUUGCCAGAAAAUAUACAAUACCAAUUGAUUUAUUAACCUUUGAAUUUCAGGUAUUGAAAGUCACUAAAAGUGAAAUAGGUCCAAAUGAUGGUGCAUAUAUUAGUGGUCUGUUUCUUGAUGGUGCACGAUGGAAUCAAGAAACAUGUUUACUUGAUGAACAAUAUUCGAAAAUUCUCUAUGAUUCAAUACCAAUCAUUUGGGUAAAACCAGUUAAAACAAAUGAAUUAAAUACACAAGGAACAUAUGAAUGUCCAGUAUAUAAAACAAGUGAACGACGUGGUGUACUUUCAACAACAGGUCAUUCAACAAAUUUUGUUAUGCCUGUUUAUUUACCAACAAAUCAACAAGCACAACAUUGGAUAAAACGUGGUGUUGCAUUACUUUGUCAACUUGAUGAUUAA